AUGAUUUCGGUCGUGAGCAAGCUUAAAACUGCACUCCAAUAUCAAGAGGCAUUCGAGGUUAAAGCUCAAGAAGCAAAGAGGAAAAUCAGAUUUUUACAGAACAACAUAGACCAAUUAUACCAAGAACCAGAAGCGUCAUUAAAAAAUGUCGUUGUUAAUCCCCUUCUGGAUUAUGAGAAAAUCUGUCCACCCGGGGGAAGCAAUUUGAUAAUUCUGUACACAACCACAGUCAAAACCAUCCCAAAGACAUUCCAAGAUUGCUCGAGUCUUCGACUUAUUCUCAAUGGUUUUAAGGUUUUAUACCAAGAAAGAGAUGUAUCGAUGCACGUCGAUUUCAGAGAUGAACUAUGGCGGAUUAUGGGCAAGAAAGUGGCCCUGCCAAGGCUGUUUAUCAAAGGCAGUUACAUUGGAGGAGCUGAUGAGGUUUUACAGUUGCAUGAGCAAGGGAAAUUCCGGCCCCUCCUCGCUGGAAUACCAAUAAAAAAAUUGGAAGGGCCAUGCAAAGGAUGUGCUGGGAAUUUGUUUCUGGUGUGUCCUAAUUGUAGCGGUAGCAAGAAGGUGAAUUCUGGUAGCAGAGGGUUGCCAAAGAGCUGCAUGAACUGUAACGAGAAUGGGCUGAUUAAAUGCCCUAUUUGCUUCUGA